AUGGCAGCAAUCAAUGCAACGACCUCUGUACCCGAGCUGUCCCAGGCCGAAGCCGGCGUGCUGGAGCUUUACGACAAGGUGCAACAACUCCAGCUCCAGUUGGCAGUUCUCAGAGCACAAGAGCGUUACACCCAAGGGAAAGGAUCACCAGACGGUCGAACCCGGCUGUUGGAAGCAAACGCAUCACUGUCACUUCGCGACAGAGUUAUCGAAAGCGUCGUGGCGGUCCAGCCAACUCUAAAAGCCGUCCACCAUGCCACUCACGCCUCGCCUGUUGAACGGGAUCUUUUAUCCCACAUCGAGCAGCGCGACCAUGCAGCAAAGCGCACCGCUGAGCACUGCUCGGCCCUGCACUCGGCCAUGGAGAGGCUCACAAAGGUUGAGGUUGAAUAUCUAGAAACCAAACAGCGAAAUGUGGAACUCGCAUCGGAAACGCUUGACCUUGCUGCUGAUAAUGUCGGGCAAGAACCCAACAAUGUCAUAAAUACACAGCUCAAGAUGGAACUGGACACAUUAGAGACCCAGCUUAGAGCGACGCGCGGAAAAUGGAGAGUGAUGAAAGGCACAGCUAGUGCUAUCGUCGCUGGCAGCGGCCUUGACUGGGUUCGGGAUGAGCGUUUGCGCGAACUGGUGCUCGACAUCGACGAUUGA